AUGUUUCCUAUAAAGAAAGAUUAUUUUUAGAAAAACCGUACUGGUGAAGUGUACAAGCUGAUUAUCCUCCUCCUUAAACUUCCUCAACUUCCUCAAAUAUGUUCUUCCUCAAGUACAUCACUAUUCACUGUCUUCCCUUCUUUCCAUCUUAAUUCUUACGUUCGGAAGUCUGUAUAAGACAGCGAUAUACAGAAAAAUAAUACUUUGAUAGCUUAUUUCCGCUCAAUGAUCGUGAUUUUGUCAUAUUAGAAUAUCCUCGAACAAUUCAUCAUCUUCUUCACCUCCUUUCUCACCUUCAAUGGCGAAAUCAAUAAAAUCCCAAAAUUCCCUCAACAAUCUAAACGAAGAAAUGCUCUUCUUAAUCCUCGAUCACCUUCCCAACGAUGCAAAAUCAUUCUCUCUCACCUGCAAAUCAUUCUAUUCUGCAGAAUCAAAACACAGAAAAUCCGCGAAAUUACUCCGACCAGAUUACCUACCUUCUCUCCUUCAUCGUUACCCUUUUCUCUCUCAUCUCGAUCUUUCUCAAUGUUCUCGUAUCACAGACUCACUGAUUCAAACUUCAUCUUUUUCUGAUUCAUAUAUUUGUUCCGUCAAGAUUUCAUCGUGUAGAUUUGUUACUAGGGUUGGAGUUUCUGAUUUGGUAUCAAAAUGUGUUAAUUUGGUUGAGAUUGACUUAAGUAAUGCUACUGAACUUAGUGAUUCAGCUGCUUCUGCCAUUGCUGGAGCGAAGAAUUUGGAGAGGUUGUUAAUGGUGAGAUGUAAGCAGGUUUCGGAUAUCGGUAUCGGUUGUAUUGCAGUUGGAUGUGUGAAAUUGAACAAAAUUAGUUUGAAAUGGUGUUUGAAGAUUACUGAUUUAGGGGUUCAGCUUCUUGCUGUUAAAUGUAAGAGGAUUCGGAGCUUGGAUCUUUCUUAUGUUCCGAUUACAGAGAAAAGCCUCAAAUCUAUCUUCCAACUAUCUUAUCUUGAAGAUCUAGUCUUAGUCGGCUGUCUUGGAAUUGAUGAUGACGGCCUUGCUUUUCUGAACAAAGGUCACACUACGUUGAAGGCGCUUGAUAUAUCCAACUGUCAGAAAAUCAGUCACACUGGUCUAGCUAAUAUAACUAGAGGUGCUGGAUGUCUGAAAGAGAUUAUAUUGGCAUAUGGCUCAGCUGUUACUCUUGAUGUGGCGAAAUGUCUUCAGAAUUUUUCAAUGUUGCAAUGUCUUAGAUUAGAUGGUUCCACAGUCACUUGUUCUGCAUUGAAAAUGAUAGGAGAGUGGUCUGGUUCUCUCAGAGAAUUGAGCUUAAGUAAAUGCUCGGGUGUAACUGAUGAAGGUGUUGCCUCUAUUGUGAAAAAACAUACUCAAUUGAGGAACUUAAACAUCACAUGCUGCCGCAAGAUCACUUCUGUGUCUAUUGACUGUAUCACAAGUUCAUGUACCGCUCUCACAUCCCUUAAGAUGGAGGCUUGCAAUCAUGUCUCCGCAGAUGCUUUUGUAUUUAUUGGACAGCGCUGUCGAGUCUUAGAAGAACUGGAUGCCACUGAUAAUGAUAUAGAUGAUAAAGGUUUAGAAUCCAUCUCCAGAUGCUCCAGGCUUUCCUGCUUGAAGUUAGGGAUCUGCCUUGACUUUGCUGAUGAAGGGCUGAUUCAAAUUGGGAUGCAUUGCUCUAAGCUAAAAGAGAUUGAUUUAUACAGGGCUAUAGCAAUAUCUGAUAAAGGUAUUGCAUCAAUAGCUCGAGGCUGCCCUGCUCUUGAGAUGAUCAACUUUGCAUAUUGUGAUCACGUCUCAGAUGCCUCUCUUAAAUUGUUAUCAAAGUGUUCAAGAUUGAAAGCACUGGAAGCCAGAGGUUGCUCUCGUAUCACAUCAGAGGGUCUAGCAGCCAUUGCUGCUGGAUGUGCGCAGCUGGCUGUCCUAGACAUAAAGAAGUGUUCAAAAAUCGACAAUUCCGGAAUGAUUCCUUUGGCUUAUUAUUCCUCAAACCUCAAACAGAUAAACCUGUCCUACUGCUCAGUCACAGAUACCGGGCUGUUGGCAUUAGCUAGCAGAAGCCCGUUGCAGAACAUGACGAUAUUGCAUCUGUCCGGACUGAGCCCAAACGGGAUAGCCGCAGCCUUACUGUCUUGUAGGGGAUUAAAGAAAGUGAAGCUCCAUAAUUGCUUUAAAACUAUGCUUCCUAGAUCUCUUCUGGACCACAUGGAAAAGCGUGGCUGUGUAUUUCAGUGGAGAGACAAAGCCUUUGAUCCUCAGGUUGACUCAGACCCAUUGCUUUGGAACUUACAGACUGGUAGACACUCCUGACCCAUUUGACACUCCUUUGGAUCAGGUUGAAGAAAACAUUGCUAAUUUUUCAGGAUUUAUUUAGCAACCGCGAUGGUAACAGAAGGUGGUGGUGGACUCGGUACCGCAGUGGUAGCCAGUGCCGGAUCUUGAAAGAUUUGCUACAUGGGACCAUAUUUUUCCACAAUAACAUAUUAUGAUGUCGUGUAACUUGUUUGUAUGCUGGGUUUUGGGCUCUAAACUAUAAGGCUUAAAUUUUUUUACGGGGGGCCAGAUAUGGGUGGCCUUCCAUAUCCUAGGUUGUGAUAUCGAAACUUCAUCAGUUAAUAGUUUGUUAUCGAACUGCCUUGUAGAAGGUUGUAUUGUUCAUUACAUUACCAAAAUAUUUCUUCAAUAAAAUAUAUUGAGAGAUUGUUGCAGAA